AUGCCCAUAGCAUCCAAAAACGUCACCAGCCUGCAGUCCAAGAUAUGGAGUGGAUCUUUACCUCUGGAGAUCAAACUCGCGGCUCCGGACUGCCGCAGCUACGAUGAAUCAGAGACCUAUCUCGUCCAACGACCACGACUUUCGUAUCUGGCUUUCCUCCUGCCGCGGCUACAUGCCUUCUUUGCGCCUAGCCUGAUUGAUCCCGCGGUCUCGUCUCACGAUGCUUGGUUCUCAUUCGAAGACGUCCCUCUGAAGUGGCACUAUCCUAUCGGAUUGCUGUACGAUCUCUUCUCUGGUGCCGAGCCGCUCGAUCUGGACUCAUCACCUGGGAUCGAAGACCCGACGUCGCAGACCACGGUGGAACCCAGCAAUGGAGUGACACCGAUUCCAUGGAAGUUGACAAUUCACUAUUCGGAACUGCCGCUAGAGCAUUUACUACAGCUCGAUGAAAAAGGUAAGACCAUGCAAGACGUGUUCAUCAACAAUGUCAAAGAGGCCGAUUUCAUCAGGAACGGUACGGCCCGGACGGUCAUGUCUUUGGGUAAAGAUGAUUCUGAUAACCUCUGGAGUGCGGUGCAAAACCACGAUCUCGCUCUUUUCAAUUCCGUGAACAACAAGCUGCUGAAUCCACCUGGCAUGGAACUCCGACACGUGCCAAUCAAGCUAUACCUCCCAACAUCGGCUAACAGUGCAGCCACCGACACUAUCCCUGAGGAGACCACUCCAGGCCAUUUGCGCGUAGUCCAGUCACUGAUACCAUUGCUCUUGCCAACCAAACAACCCCAGACACUUGGUACUGCCCUCAACAAGGUCCUGCCCAGUAUAUUUCCCAGUCGACGAAGUCCUAUCUAUGCCCGACCGGUUCUGCAUGGAGCGGCAGUGCCUUUGGCUGCACGGAUGGAUGAGCUUGGACGUGCGGCUGCAUAUACGGACGGCUUUCUGCACGUUGCUGUUGUUAUGCAUGGCUGA